UCUUCUUCUUCUUCUUCCUUGAGCUCGGCCAUGGACUCUGCAGUUAUGUUUGAGGAAACUUGCUCUUUCAACGGUGAAGCCAACGAAAAGCAAAGAUCUACAAGUCGCAAGAGACGUGAGAAGAAGGUUGAAGGUAAAGAUGCAAAAUGCGAGCUCGUUGGAUUCGAUUCUCUACCGGAGUACUUAAAAGACAACGAGUUCAUUCUAAAUCACUAUCGAUCAGAAUGGCCGAUGAAGGAGACCGUACUUAGCAUUUUCUCGAUGCACAACGAGACUCUUAAUAUAUGGACGCAUUUGAUUGGAUUCUUCAUCUUCCUCGCCCUCACCAUCUCUGCAAUUUUCAUGUUGAGUAACGAAAAUUUUCUUGGCUCUCCAAAUUUCGCAACGCUGCAUUUUGGCUACAACAUUGGCUACACCAUAACGUUGCCACUUACAAACCUGUACAACAUUGCUCAAGUUGCAAACGUUUCCUCUACAACCACAAUGGGCCCUCAGUUGGGCCGAAGCCCGAUAACCCGUUGGCCCUUCUUCGCAUUUUUACUGGGGGCUAUGGUCUGCCUGCUCACAAGCAGCUUAUGCCACCUCCUCAUGUGCCACUCCGAGAAAUGCGCCUACAAAAUGCUACGCCUCGACUACACGGGCAUCGCCACCCUCAUCGUCACCUCUUUCUACCCUGUCGUCUACUACCCGUUCAUGUGCGAUCCUCUUAUAUGCACUCUCUACAUCAGCUUCAUUACAGUAUUCGGACUCGCGACGGUACUAGUUUCUCUAGUACCAGCCUUUCAGGCCGUUGAGUUUAGGCCCUUCCGGGCCUUGCUCUUCGUCUGCAUGGCCGUAUCGGGCCUAGUGCCCAUCACGCACAAGGUGAUCGCCAUGGGCCACAGGCCCGAGGCUAUUAUUACCGCCAGGUACGAGUCUUUAAUGGGCUUGUUCUAUGGGCUCGGAGUGGUGAUUUAUGUGGCACGGGUACCGGAGCGAUGGAUGCCCGGAAAAUUUGACGUUGUAGGGCAUAGCCAUCAGUUGUUUCAUGUUCUGGUCAUUGCAGGGGCUCAUACGCAUUAUCUUGCUGGGUUAGAAUACCUCAAGUGGAGGGAUACUGAAGGGUGUUAUGCGUGAUUAGGUGAAACAAAGACUAAUUUGAUCCUAAAUUGCUAAUUGGGCCGUUCUUGGGCUAGGUUCUACCAAAAGUCGCCAAGGAGGAAAUA